CCAGUAUCUCCUUUCCAAUUGGAGCUCAGAAACUUCUCGCGCAGUUGACAUCAACUGCAUUGCCGGCCAUGCAGCCAGACCCAUCGAAUCCCUCUCUUGUCUCAUUUUACCCUCUCCUACUUCUCUGCUCUAAGAGGAGAAUCGAGAGCGCGAGAGGAAGAGAGUUGAGAGAAACGCCAAGAUGCAAAGCUACUGCCUUGUCACUGCUCUGCUCUUCAUUCAACUACUGCCAACGCCGCUUGCCCUGUACCCCGAAGUAGAUAAUCUUUUCAAGGUGAAGGACGGUUUAGACGACCCAAAUAACGUCCUUUCCAACUGGAAACUAAGCGAUUCCACCCCCUGCAACUGGACUGGCAUCACCUGCUCUCCCCCCGCCGGAGACGACGCCGGAAACCGUACCGUCACGUCAGUCAUUCUCACCGGCUUCGACUUAGCUGGCCCCUUUCCCGUAGCUCUCUGCCUCCUCCAAAACCUCAGCUUUCUCUCGCUCUCAUACAAUUACAUCAACUCCUCCCUCCCCGACUCUUCCCUCCUCAACUGCUCCUCCUCCCUUACCCACCUCGACCUCUCCCAAAACCUCCUCGUCGGCCCACUCCCGUCACUUUCUUCUUUCCGUCUUCUCCGCUACCUCGACUUCGCCGGAAACAACUUUUCAGGCGGCAUUCCUCCCUCCUUCGCCCUCCUUCCAUCUCUCGAAAUCCUCUCAUUGACUGCUAACCUGCUCAACGAAACCAUUCCCCCUUUUCUUGGUGACAUCUCCACUCUUCGCCAGCUCAAUCUAUCCUACAACCCGUUCUCCCCAGGCCGCAUACCUUCCUCUCUCGCCAAUCUUACCAAUCUCGAAAUCCUCUGGCUCGCCGGCUGCCGCCUUGUUGGUGAGAUACCGCGGCCUCUUGGGCAUCUCUCCAAGCUUACAAACCUCGAUAUUUCCGGGAACUCCCUCACCGGUGGCAUCCCGGACACUCUUUCAGGCCUCUCCUCCGUAAUUCAGAUUGAGCUCUACAGCAACUCUCUCACGGGCACCUUCCCUGCCGGGCUCUCUAACUUAACAGCCCUCCGCCGUAUUGACGCCGCGAUGAACUCCCUCUCCGGACCGAUUCCCGAUGACGUAUUCUCCAUCCCAGAGCUUGAAAGCCUCCACCUUUACAAGAACCAGUUUAACGGUUCUCUUCCAACCACCGCUGCCAUGGCUGGCAAACUCCUUGAGUUUCGCAUUUUUUCGAACAAUCUUUCUGGGCCCAUCCCAGCGAAUUUCGGCAAAAGCUCGCCUUUUAUGUUCCUCGAUCUAUCCGGCAACCAGCUUACCGGCGAGAUCCCGAAGGAGAUAUGCCAAGGCGGGGUUCUACAGGAGCUUCUUAUCUUCGACAACUACCUCUCCGGCGGCUUGCCGCAAGGCCUCGGUCAAUGCAAGACUCUCACCCGCAUCCGCCUCGCCAAUAACCAGCUUUCCGGUGAGGUCCCUGCCAGUAUCUGGGGUCUUCCUCAUAUCUGGAUUCUCGAACUCACUGACAACUCCCUAUCCGGAAACAUAGCAUCCGGCGUCGCCGGCGCCACCAAUCUCACCACUUUGCGGAUCGCCGGAAACAAGUUUAGCGGGUAUAUUCCGGCUGAAAUCGGGUCGCUCUCUAAGCUUUCCGUAUUCUCGGCCUCCGAUAACGAACUGACCGGCCCUUUACCGGAGUCACUUGGAUUGCUUCCAGAACUCAAACAGCUGGACCUGCAUAACAACUCAUUCUCCGGCGUGUUGUUCAAAAUUCAGUCUUGGAAGAAUCUAACGCAGCUGAACCUUGCCGGCAAUAAUUUCUCCGGCGGGAUUCCACAAGAACUUGGAAGCCUGUCACUACUGCACUACCUGGACCUCUCCAGAAACGCCUUCACCGGCGAGAUCCCCAUACAAUUACAGAACUUGAAACUGAUCAAUUUCAAUCUUUCCAAUAACCUGCUCUCUGGUCCAAUUCCACCAUUGUUCCUCAACGAAGUCUACAAAACUAGCUUCCUUGGAAAUCCUGGUUUAUGCUGGGAUCUCAAUGGACUAUGCUCUGCUGCCACUCAUGCCCAUAGGAAGUUCUUCUGGCUUCUUGGAGUUAUCUUGUUAGCUGCCCUUGUUGGGAUUUCAUUGUUCUACUUGAGGAAUAUGAACAGUAGAAGAACAAAAAAGGGAAUGGAUAAGUCCUGGUUGAUUCUCCCUUCUUUCCAUAAAUUUGGCUUCAGUGAAUAUGAGAUACUGAAUUCAUUACACGAGGAUAACAUCAUCGGCGGCUCCGCUGCCGGGAAGGUUUACAAGGUUGUGCUCCGCAACGGCGAGACUGUAGCAGUAAAGAAACUUUGUAAAGAAAAAGACUCGAAAAACGACGACAAUAACCAGGAAGAAGCUCUGGGGAUGAUUCAACAUAAAAAUAUUGUGAAGCAAUGGUGCUGUUACAGUAACAUGGAAAGGAACCUCCUGGUUUGCGAGUACAUGGCAAACGGGAGCUUGGGAGAUUUGCUACAUAGAAGCAAGGAGAGGCUUUUGGAUUGGCCUACAAGGUAUAAAAUAGCCUUGGAUGCUUCGCAGGGAUUGUGCUAUCUGCACCAUGACUGUGUUCCGCCAAUUGUUCACAGAGAUUUUAAAUCAAAUAACAUCCUUUUAGAUGCAGAAUUUAGAGCUAAAAUUGCAGAUUUUGGGAUUGGUAAUGGCAAGGGGCCUAAAUCAAUGUCAGCCAUUGCUAGCUCACGUGGAUACAUAGCUCCAGAGUAUCCCUACACUCUUCGUUUGAAUGAAAAGAGUGACAUAUAUAGCUUCGGAGUUGUACUCCUGGAGCUGGUAACUGGCAAGCCUGCCGUGUAUCCAGAACUAGGCAAGAAGGAUUUAGUAAGGUGGGUUUUUCGCACAAUUCAACAGAAAGAAGAGGAGAGCGUCAUCGAUUCAAAGCUUGAUCUCUGCAACAAAAUGGAGAUCACCAAAGUCCUCCAAAUUGGCCUUCUCUGCACCAGCUCUCUUCCCAUCAACCGUCCCUCCAUGAGAAGGGUAGUGAAGAUGCUUCUUGAUGUGCGCACAGAGAGCAAAUCUUCUGGUCUUCUAUCAAAUCUGAGCAAACACUCUUCUUCUUACUUCGAAAACGAUCAGGAGAGUUUUGCUUGAUGAUAUAGCCGUUGUUCUUCUAAGAAAUUGAAAGAAGUUCUUAUUUUUCUGUCAAGCUGUAGGAGUUCAGUAGUUCUAUAUCGCUUUUACUAUUCUCUUUCUUUUGAAAAGAAAAUUAUGGAGCUUCUUGAAAGGGGAAGUUGGUCUGUAUUGUGUUAUUGCAUAUUGGCAAUUUAGAACUUUGUUUGCGUUAUGGUAUGUAAUAUAAUUUUCUAUGUGAUUUCUUGUUUAGGCUUUAGAGUGAGCUUUUAGGUUCCCAUUUCAAGGAUUGAUUUGAAGACAAGUUAUUUGUGUGGAUCAUCUUCUUCAUUCUAAUCUGAGUUGUUGAUUAUUUACAGAAAAAAUUUGUACACAAACUGCGUAUGUAACCCUCGAACCCUAUACUUCUUGGUUGG